AUGAUCUCCAAAUCAAAUUCUCAGUCAUCCAGCUCAACAAUAUCAAGAACAAGAAGAAGGACCACCACCACCACCAGGAGCAGCACCGACAAAAACUACAUCAAAGCCUCUAUCAAGGAUCGUAUUAGUGAGAAUGAUGAUUUGGGAUUAUCACUAAGGUUACACACAACGUCAAGUACUCCAAGUGAUGCACCUCAUCAAGAUCCAGACAAAGAACAAUUAAUAGUGGCUUCUUCUUCUUCGUCGUCACUGCAACAAAACCAGUUCAUCAUCAAUCAGAUUCAUCAUCAUCAUCAUCACUUGCCUGAUUCUUCUUCGAAUUCUCAUCAUCCUCAUGCUGCGACGUCGUCUACUCCAAAUAGAAAGGCUAGGGUUUGUGUUAGAGCAAGAUGUGACACAGCCACUAUGAAUGAUGGGUGCCAAUGGAGAAAAUAUGGGCAAAAAAUUGCUAAAGGAAAUCCAUGUCCCCGUGCCUAUUAUCGAUGCACUGUAGCUCCAGGAUGCCCUGUAAGGAAGCAGGUACAAAGAUGCAUAGAGGACAUGUCGAUCCUGAUUACAACGUACGAAGGGACACAUAAUCAUCCUCUGCCUGUAGGUGCAACAGCCAUGGCGUCUACUGCUUCAACAGCAGCUUCCUUCAUGUUACUUGACUCUUCAUCAUCAUCACAACCUAAUUAUAGUAACACUUUCGUCUCUUCAAGUAACUUCACAACCCUAAACCCUAAUCUUCAUCAUCAUCCUAAUUCUAAUUCUAAAGGAGGGCUUGUGUUCGAUCUCACCAACAACCCUGCUAAUGAUAAACUGCGUUUUCCUUCCAUCAACCGUCACCAUUUUCUCGGAUGUCAAGCAGAUCAGUCUUGAAAACGUUUCCUCAGCCCUAGGGUAUGUAGUUGAGAGAGGUGAAGAAGAUGAUGAUGAGUCAGCUGAUCUAUGUCUAGGGUUGAUAAAGAGAGCCAUCCUUUUAGUACCUUAGGAUCUUCGUCCUCCUUUUGGUCCUAGGAAGUAGGGAUGAAUCGUCUCUAGCUCAACCAUGGAGUUAAGCUUAUAUAGGUUUACAAAAAGUUGAGUGAAUAUAGAAAGAAUAUACAGUAAAAUGGUAUGUAAAAGUUUGGAUUAUAUAGAGCACAAUGCGCCAGUGUGGCACUGGCAGGACCGGAUUGAUUGAUAUUGGUAAAUGUUUUUAUAUAUAUGUGUGCGCGCGCGCGCGCGCAUAUAUAUUGAUUGAUUAUUUUUUAUAAUAUUCCUUUUCUGUU